AUUUUAAUCAUUAGAUCGCAACAUUGACAUCUUUUCUCGACGGCAUUCCCAGGAUAUAAACACAAGAUCUAUGGCCACUCUAAAUUCAGAGCGGAGAGCUUUUGCUCAGAGAAUCAACAGGUAUUCCUCUGCUGAAAUUAGGAAGCAAUGUUUCCAACAAACAAAUCAAACAGCUAUUUGUCACCAACACACUCCAAGUGCUUAUGGUUCCACUUCACUGCAGAUACCUCCAUUUUAUGACCCUGUGGUGCCAGUGGACUUUGAAGAGUUCCUGAUGUCGCAGUUCAGUAUUGUAGAUCCUGACCUUCAGCAAGACCUGGGUGACUUCCCCGAUGAUGACCUAGAGAUUACUUUUGUUCCGAGAGAAUGCAGGACUGUGCAGCCUUCAGUUCCUGAAAACGGGGUUGAUUUAGAUCCACUUGUACGAGACUGUGUCCAGACCUACACUCAAGAUUGGCUCAUUGUCAACAGAAAGAACCAAGGAGAAAAUGGGACCUUGAGUUCAAGCAGACUUGAAUUGAGGAGAGAUCUGUUCAAGACUCUUCCAAAGCAAUUGUUUGAAUCAGAAGACAGCGGCGAUACAGUCAGCCAAGAGUUUCAGGAUGAUACAAGACCUCAUCCAGUUUUAUGUGUGCAGUCUGGGAGGGCAACGUUGACAUCAUGUGACUUUGACCUUCGAAGCCUGCAGCCAGAUACCUGCUUGGAAAAUAUACUUCAGCCCAAUACUCCAGAAGAGUUUGACAAACAAAAUGAAGAAACACGGAGAGCCAAUAGACAGACAGAACUAUUUGCCCUCUAUCCAGCAAUAGAUGAGGAAGAUGCUGUGGAAAUUCGUCCAGUUCCUGACUGUCCAAAAGAACACAUGGGCCACAGGAUCCAUGUAAAGUGCCAAAUCUUAAAGUUUGAAAUUGAAGUAGAGCCACUGUUUGCCAGUUUAGCCUUGUAUGACUUAAAAGAGAAGAAAAAGAUUUCAGAAAACUUUUACUGUGAUUUAAACACUGACCAGAUAAAAGCCUUUCUUCGUCCACACACAAAUCAAAUGGCACCAUCCAGUCUGAGUAGGUCUGCCAUCUUCUCCAUUACUUACCCUUCGCCGGACAUAUACCUGGUCAUGAAGAUUGAAAAAGUCCUUCAGCAGGGCGAUAUUGCAGAAUGUGCUGAACCAUAUCUUGUAAUGAAAGAAUCUGAGUCAGCAAAGAAUAAAGAUAAAAUUGAGAAGCUUAAAUCUCAAGCAGAGUCCUUUUGUCAGCGACUCGGGAAAUACCGUAUGCCAUUCGCCUGGGCUAACAUAAACAUCAUGAGUGUGGUCUCCACAGCAUCAGACAGGGAUUCACUGGAUGUUGAAAACAUCAAUGGUAAAGGAAACAGUGGAGACAAGAAAGUUUUCACACAACAAAGACGACUUUCUGAGAGGUCAGCUGUUCCGGAGGACCAGUAUAACCUGUCCAAUUUCAAAACAGCCUCAAUUACCAUCAAUAACUUCUUUAAACAGGAAGGUGAUAGGCUAAGUGAUGAAGAUUUGCUCAAGUUUUUAGCUGAGUUGAAAAGAUCUUCUGCAUCCCUAAGAAGAUUGCGGCCAAUAUCAGGAGUAAUAAAACUCGAAAUUUCACCAGCCGCAGAGAACCCCACAUUCUGCAUUACGCCUGAACUGUUACCAGUGAAACCAUAUCCUGAAAACCGUAGCCGACCAAUCAAAGAAAUUCUAGAGUUCCCAUCUCGAGAAGUCUAUGUUCCACAUACAUCUUACAGGAAUCUACUUUAUGUCUAUCCACAAAGACUUAAUUUUGCCAACCGGUUGGCUUCUGCAAGAAACAUCACAAUUAAAAUCCAGUUCUUGGCAGACGAGGAUCUGAGAAAUGCCAUGCAGGUUAUCUUUGGAAAAUCGAGCAGCGCAGAGUUUGUUUCAGAAACGUACACUGCAGUUACUUACCAUAACAAGUCUCCUGAUUUUUAUGAGGAAGUAAAACUUAAGCUUCCAGCCAAGAUUACAGCAAAACACCAUUUGCUAUUUACAUUCUAUCACAUCAGCUGUCAACAGAAACAGAACCAAGCAGGCUCAGCAGAGACUCUGAUUGGCUACUCGUGGUUACCAAUUCUUAUGAAUGAGCGUCUUCAGACUGGCCAUUACUGUCUGCCGGUGGCCUUGGAUAGACUCCCCAACAAAUACUCCAUGCACUCUCCAGAGCAGAAGAUUCCAAACCAGAAUCCACCAAUCAAAUGGGUAGAUGGCCAUAGAGGUGUAUUCAAUGUUGAGAUACAAGCAGUUUCUUCUGUGCAUACUCAGGACAACCACCUGGAUAAGUUCUUUGCUUUAUGCCACACACUGGAAGGUCAGAUGUCAUUUCCAUUUUGGAUUCUAGACCAGAAGAUAACAGAAAAUGAUCUGGAGCAUGAGCUGAAGUUGAGUAUAAUCUCACUACCUUCAGCUCGGCUUGAACCAUUGGUAUUGUUCCUACAUCAGGUCAUGGAUAAGCUUUUUCAGCUAACGAUACAGCCUAUUGUCGUCGCAGGCCAGACAGCCAAUCUUGCCCAAUUCACAUUUGAAUCAGUUGUGUCAAUAGUAAACAGCCUUCAUAACAGCCCUGACCUCAGCAAGGAUCAACAUGGACGCAAUUGCCUACUGAUGUCUUAUGUCCACUACGUUUUUCGCUUGCCAGAUGCUCAGAAAGAGUUAGCAAAAGGAGUUCCAGCAGCAGCUCCUAUUUGCCCAGAGAAUCGUUAUUAUACUGUGGGGCGUUCCAGUGCUGCCAAUGUGGGAUCCAGAUUGUUGCAGUCCCGUAUCCUGAGCAGCAGCAAUCCUGAUAUUGCAGGCACCCAGGCUUUAGCAGAUGAAGAAGUUAAAAAUCUUACGUCUUCAAAGGGAAUGGAUCGAAGUGGUGCCCGGAUGUCUUCCUAUGUUGAAGUCAGCAGCUACUUCCACAACACUGGUUCAGUUGGACGAUCAUCAACCAGAAAGCAAUUUCAUGAAGAGCUAGCAUUGCAGAUGGUCGUGAGUACGGGAAUGGUGAGGGAAAAUGUCUUCAAGUAUACCUGGUUCUUCUUUGAGCUUUUGGUUAAAAGCAUGGCUCAGUACCAUUGCCAGGCAGACAAGCAGGAUUCUUCCAGAAAACAACGCUUUUCAGAUCGCUUCAAAGAUGACAUCACCACUAUUGUCAAUGUUGUUACUGCAGAGAUUGCUACAAUUCUUGUGAAACAGCAAAAGGAAGCAGAACAAGCAGAAAAGAUCAACGUAAGCCUGGCAUUUUUCCUGUAUGACCUCCUCUCCCUCAUGGACCGUGGCUUUGUAUUUAAUCUCAUUAGAAACUAUUGCUGCCAGCUGUCAGUAAAACUGCAAUCAAUGCCCACCCUCAUUUCUAUGCGACUGGAGUUCCUGAGGAUCCUCUGCAGCCAUGAACACUAUCUCAGCCUGAAUCUUUUCUUCAUCACAAAUCUCUCUGCACCAGCUUCCCCAUGUCUCUCAAUAUCAUCACAGAACUCUAGUUCAUCUUCAAGUGUUCAAGACCAAAAAAUUGCCAACAUGUUUGAGCUUUCAGCUGACUACCGUCAGCAGCACUUUCUGACUGGGCUUCUCUUCACUGAACUUGCAGCAGCCCUGGAUGCUGAAGUAGAUGGGUUGGCGAAGGUACAAAAGAAGGCUGUCAGUGCCAUACUCAGUCUACUGUGUUCACAUGAUCUAGACUCCCGCUAUUCAAAACCAGAGAUUAAAACAAAAGUAGCUGCCUUAUAUCUCCCUCUGAUAGGGAUUAUUCUGGAUAUACUGCCACAGCUCUACGACUUCACAGAUGCCCGGACAAGGAAAGUUCGUCCAGGUAGUUCAGAUGGUGAGGCAGAUGCCAACCCCAUCAAUCAGACUGUUGCCUUGAUGAUUGCUGGAAAUCCUGUAAACACAAUGCUGAGGAGUUCUGCAAUAUCUUUCUCAUCAUUGUCAAGCAAACAGGCAACUCCACUGGCUGCUGAUGCUAGUCGGGAUUUGCUGAUUUCCUUUUUGUGGAUCCUGAAAAGCGCUGAUCAAACUCUUAUCAAAAAAUGGGCUACAGAUCUUCCUGUGACCCAACUCAACAAGGUCUUAGACCUGCUGUAUCUCUGUGUUUCCUGUUUUGAGUACAGGGGCAAAGUAACUUCAGAUAAAGUCAGCACACAAGCCCUCCAAAAAAGCAAGCAUACUAAGGCACGUCUAGAGGAAGUGCUUCUGGGAAAUGCAGGAGCCCGAGGAGAAAUGAUGAAGCGGUGCCGUGGCCCAGGAAAUGAAAGAAACUUUGGAAUAAAUGAAAACCUACGAUGGAGAAAAGAUCAAACACAGUGGCGACAGGGCAAUGAGAGACAAGAAAAAACUAAGGCAGACCUGGAUCAGGAAGCUCUGGUCUCUGGAAAUCUGGUUACAGAGGCUAAUCUAAUUAUUUUAGAUACACUGGAAAUAAUUAUACAGGCAAUUUCGAUGUCUGAUUGUAAGGACAAUGUCUUAGGAAGUGUUCUCAGGGUCCUGCUUCAUAGCCUGGGCUGCAAUCAGAGCUCCUGCUACCUGACACAUUGCUUCAGCACACUGAGAGCCCUCAUGGCCAAGUAUGCAGACGUGCUGUUUGAGGAGGAGGCAGAGCAGUGUUCUGACAUGUGCCAGAGAGUCUUAGACCACUGCAGCAGCAGCAUGGACAGCACCCGUACCCAAGCCUGUGCCACACUCUACCUCAUCAUGAGACACAGCUUUAGCACAAUCAGCAAUUUUGCCAGAGUUAAGAUGCAGGUCACCAUGUCUUUGGCAUCUCUGGUGGGUAAAUCAUCUGAUUUUAAUGAAGAAUAUUUGAGGCGAUCGUUACGAACUGUUCUGGCUUAUGCAGAGGAAGAUGAAGAUAUGCAGCCAACAAUGUUUCCAAUUCAGGUGGAGGAACUACUGCUUAACCUCAACAGUAUCUUGUCUGACACAGUAAAAAUGAGGGAGUUCCAAAAGGAUCCUGAGAUGCUCAUGGACCUGAUGUACAGAUUGGCCAAAGGAUAUCAGACUUCACCUGAUCUACGUUUGACCUGGCUCCAAAACAUGGCUGAGAAACAUACAAAACGUCAAUGUUACACAGAGGCUGCAUUGUGUUUGGUCCAUGCUGCAGCACUGGUAGCAGAGUACCUCAGCAUGCUGGAAGAUCACAAGUACCUCCCUGUGGGCAGUGUUACCUUUCAGAAUAUAUCACCCAAUGUUCUGGAAGAAUCUGCUGUUUCAGAUGAUAUUUUGUCCCCUGAUGAAGAUGGGAUAUGCAGUGGAAAGUAUUUCACUGAAAACGGACUUGUAGGUUUGCUCGAACAAGCUGCUGAGCUCUUCAACUCAGCCUGUAUGUUUGAAAGUGUGAAUGAAGUUUACAAAGUUGUCAUACCAAUCCAAGAAGCCCAUAGAGAUGUCGGCAAAUUGGCUUAUACACAUGGGAAGCUCAAAAAAGCAUUUGAAAGCAUAACAGCAAAGGGUUCUAAACGAAUGUUUGGCACAUAUUUCCGUGUUGCAUUCUAUGGAGUGAAAUUUGGGGAUUUGGAUGAACAGGAAUAUAUCUACAAGGAGCCUGCCAUCACCAAGCUGCCAGAAAUUUCUCAUCGACUGGAGGCAUUUUAUGGACAGUGUUUCGGUGAGGAUGCUGUGGAGGUUAUUAAGGAUUCCAGUCCUGUGGAAAAGAGCAAGCUGGAUCCCAACAAGGCCUACAUACAAAUAACAUUUGUUGAGCCGUUCUUUGAUGAUUAUGAAAUGAAAGACAGAAUCACCUACUUUGAAAAGAACUUCAACCUUCGGCGCUUCAUGUACACCACUCCAUUCACAAAGGAUGGACGCCCCCGAGGAGACCUGAAAGAGCAGUACAAGAGAAAGACCAUCCUGACAACCCUACAUGCUUUCCCUUACAUUAAAACCAGAAUUAAUGUCAUUCAGAAAGAAGAGUUUAUCCUGACACCUAUUGAAGUAGCUAUUGAGGAUAUGCAGAAGAAAACACUCGAGUUAGCAAUUGCGACUCAUCAGGAACCUCCAGAUCCCAAAUUGCUUCAGAUGGUGCUACAAGGCUCUGUGGGAGCUACUGUAAACCAGGGCCCAUUAGAAGUAGCUCAAGUAUUUCUCGCUGAGAUUCCAGAAGAUUCAAAGCUCUUCAGACAUCACAAUAAAUUGAGGCUAUGCUUCAAAGAAUUUAUCAUGCGAUGUGGAGAUGCUGUGGAGAAAAACAAACACCUGAUUGCCUCUGACCAAAAGGAAUAUCAACAAGAACUGAAAAAGAAUUACAACAAGUUAAAAGAGAACUUGAGACCAAUGAUUGGGAGAAAGAUCCCAGACCUGUAUAAACCAGUAAUAAAAAUCCAAAGAGACACCAAGGAAUCCUUUAAAAGAUCAAGUUUUAGGAAGUAUGAGACAUCAUCAUCAAACCCACAGAACAGCUGAUGGAAUCUCUGUCUAUUUGAGACACUAGGAUCUGGAUUUUAUUGUUCAUUUGCAAUAGGACAAUAUAUCAAGCUUUCAAAACCAUCAAGGCAAAUGAAUGAGAAGUAUGAAAAUUGCACUUGAUUAUCUUUCUCAAAAGUGAAGCACUUUUUAUAAAGUAAUAACCAUGGACUGAUAUUGAUAUCAUAUACUUCACGUAUAGACAAAGUUGUCAAGCAUCAUUCUAAGCUUCCGUUUGUUAAUUCAACUCGCAAAAGUGUUUUAAUGCCAUGUCAUUCCUGCAUUUUCCAUGAUACCACCUAUGAGGUUUUAUUGCCUGUCAUUCCAUUCCUAACCGAUGAAUAGAUCCAUGUCAUGAUGUUUACAUGAACUGGCAUUGCAUUCUACAGCCUAAAGCGCAGCUAGUUUGUCAUAUUAUUAUUUCUAUCUGUUACUUCUGUAUAUAGCCUAUUACUUGGUUUUUGUGACUGUCAUUGAAUUUGAAACAAGGUUUAGCUUUUCUUGCUAAAAACAAAAAAACUGCGGAU